UUUCUUGUUAAGCGUCAAACUUGAAGAGGAAACAUGCAGCGACUCUUUAUACUCACGCUCAGCCUGAUACCAUGGAUCCCAGCUGUUCUCUGCUGGGUGACCACUCAAAAGGAGUUUAUUGGCCCGGAGGGUGGAUCCCUCACUGUCCAAUGUCGAUAUGGUUCUCACUAUGCUGACCAUGUCAAAUACUGGUGUCAUGGGGGGACGAGAAUUUUCUGCGAGAUCCUGGCCCGAACUGACGAGACCUCCUCGGCCAAGCCAAGUGAAGACAAAGUGAGCAUUUUUGACGACCCGGCCCGGUUGAUGUUCACAGUGACCAUAAACGACCUGAAAGAGACGGACUCUGGGUGGUACUCGUGUGGUGUGGAAUUAGCAUCAAGGGCUGAUGACGUGGCUUACACUGAAGUGAAAGUGUUUCAUGGUGUGUCAGUUGUGAACAGCAUGGUGAGUGGGGAAGAAGGAAGUAGUCUCACGGUUCAAUGCCUUUACACUCAGAGAUUCAGACUAAGUGAGAAGAAGUGGUGUCGGAGCGGAGACCCGAGCUCCUGUCUGUCGACAGGGAGUUACGAAGAUACUUCAGUGACCAUCAGCGAUGACAGAACUGGGGCUUUCACUGUAACCUUAAAGAAGCUGCAGAUGAGAGAUGCUGACUGGUAUUUAUGUUCUGCAGGGCAGCAGCAAGUAGCCGUACAGGUUCAGGUCAGACCACACGGCUCUACUAAGCCCGUGACAUCCCCACCUACUCCGAGUCAGCCCUGGAACCGUUACCGUUACAUGUUGGAGUCUAUAGUGGGGUGUUCGUCUCUCCUGCUUCUAGUGGGCUUGGCUGUAUUGGCAAGAAAGAUACUGCGCAAGAAGGCUUCUUCACGCUUUAAGCAGACGGAAGAGAUAUUCCCUGAUAAUCCAAAGGGCAUGAGAGACCUGCAACGAAGCAAGUAACACAUUAAGUGUUUGACAACAAGGGUACAAUGAACCUACUUGCUUACUAAGAUCAUUUUGUGAAUUGUUAAUUGUUACUCUUUGUAACUGAAUGUAAUUUUUCUAUUAAUUUGCCACAUAGAACAUAUGGUCUUUGGUCCAGUUUUUUUACCAAACCAAACCACGUCUGAACAAAGCUAUAUGUUCUGCUUCCUGCAAUAUAAAUUUGGCACAUUAUAGACUUGGCUUAUAUAGACUCAGUAUUUUAGACUCAA